ACUUCCGGCGCGUUGGGGCUGUUGGUCGAGGGUGGCCGCGCGGCGCGAGCGGGCGGCUCCGGGACUGACGCGCGCGGGGAUGCUCCCGGGGGUGGCGGCGGCGGCCGUGUAGGCAGAGGCGGCGAGGACCGCGCGGGCCCCCGGCCCUGUGCCCUGAGCCGGCCCCUCGGGCUGCGCCUCCGAGGCUCCUUCAGCCUCCGCCCCUUGUGCCUCGGGGCCCGGCCCGCGGCUGCUUCUGAACGCGGAGGCCGGGGAGCCCCUGCCUGGGCCCGGAGCCUCCUGUCGGGGGUCGGGCCCGGGCAGGGGGCCCCCCGAGCCCCUGCGCUCCUUGCCGGCUUCCGAGCCCCACUUCCUGCUUUUUCAGUUUCCUUGGGGAGGCGCGGGUGCGUCUUGAUGAAUUGUUCCGGGGGUCCCCGAUGAGGCGGGCCGGGGGGCCGCGCUCUUUUUAGAGGGGCCCGGCGGGGCCCGGGUGGGGACGCGGUUCUCGUGGCCGGGGCGGGGGACUUGCCGAGCCUGCCGGGACCAUGACCUGAACUGGGCGAGCGCGACGUGUCCGAAGCCUGAGAGCCAGCUCACCUGAGCCGUCCCCUCCCCCUGCCAGCAUGGCAUCUGAAGAAGCCUCCCUCAGGGCAUUGGAAAGUCUGAUGUCAGAGUUUUUUCAUGACUGUACCACCAAUGAAAGAAAACGUGAGAUAGAGGAGCUUCUUAAUAACUUUGCCCAGCAAGUAGGAGCCUGGAGGUUCUGCCUGUAUUUUCUCUCGAGCACUAGGAAUGACUAUGUAAUGAUGUACAGUUUGACGGUGUUUGAGAAUCUGAUCAAUAAAAUGUGGCUUGGGGUGCCGUCUCAGGAUAAGAUGGAAAUUCGUAGCUGCCUACCCAAACUCCUCCUGGCUCACCACAAAACCUUACCGUACUUCAUCCGGAACAAGCUCUGCAAAGUCAUCGUCGACAUUGGCCGUCAGGACUGGCCCAUGUUCUACCACGACUUCUUUACUAACAUUUUACAGUUGAUCCAGUCCCCGGUGACCACCCCCCUCGGGCUGAUCAUGUUGAAGACGACUUCCGAAGAGCUGGCCUGUCCCCGCGAGGACCUCAGCGUGGCUCGCAAGGAGGAGCUGCGGAAGCUGCUGCUGGACCAGGUGCAGACUGUGCUCGGGCUCCUGACAGGUAUCUUGGAGACCGUCUGGGAUAAACACAGUGUUACUGCUGCCACCCCACCACCAUCCCCGACCUCAGGAGAAAGUGGUGACUUGCUGAGGAACCUGCUGCACAGCCCCAGUUCCGCCAAGCUGCUGAAUCAGCCCAUCCCCCUGCUGGACGCGGACAGUGAGUAUGUGUGUUCCCUGGCCCUGGAGUGCCUGGCCCACCUCUUCAGUUGGAUUCCUCUGUCUGCCAGCAUCACCCCGUCCCUCCUGACCACCAUCUUCCACUUUGCGCGUUUUGGCUGCGACAUCCGGGCCCGAAAGAUGGCGUCAGUGAACGGCAGCAGCCAGAACUGUGUGCUGGGUCAGGAGCGCGGCCGGCUCGGGGUCCUGGCCAUGUCCUGCAUCAAUGAACUUAUGUCCAAGAACUGCGUGCCUAUGGAAUUCGAGGAGUACUUGCUGCGGAUGUUCCAGCAGACUUUCUACCUCCUGCAGAAAAUCACCAAGGAUCACAACACGCACACGGUGAAGAACAGGCUAGAAGAGCUCGAGGAGAGCUACAUCGAGAAGUUCACGGACUUUGUGCGUCUCUUCGUGAGUGUUCACCUGAGAAGAAUCGAGUCCUACUCCCAGUUCCCUGUGGUGGAGUUUUUGACGCUUUUGUUCAAGUACACAUUUCACCAGCCUACUCAUGAAGGUUACUUCUCUUGCUUGGAUAUCUGGACGCUCUUUUUGGACUAUCUGACAAGUAAAAUUAAAAGUCGUCUGGGAGACAAGGAAGCAGUUCUCAACAGGUACGAAGAUGCCCUCGGCCUCCUGCUCACGGAGGUGUUGAAUCGAAUCCAGUUCAGAUACAACCAGGCCCAGCUGGAGGAAUUGGACGACGAGACUCUGGAUGACGAUCAGCAGACAGAGUGGCAGCGGUACUUACGCCAGAGCUUGGAGGUCGUGGCCAGAGUGAUGGAGCUGCUUCCCACACAUGCCUUCUCAACCCUGUUCCCAGUUCUUCAGGACAAUUUAGACGUUUAUCUGGGGUUACAGCAGUUUGUAGUCACUUCAGGGUCAGGCCACAGGCUGAACAUCACAGCUGAGAACGACUGCCGGCGGCUGCACUGCUCCCUGAGAGACCUGAGCUCGCUGCUGCAGGCUGCCGGCCGCUUGGCCGAGUACUUCACCGGAGACGUGUUCGCCGCGCGCUUCAGCGACGCCUUCACAGUCGUGGAGAGGUUGGUCAAAGUCACUCUGUACGGCUCUCAGAUCAAACUGUACAACAUUGAGACUGCGGUGCCAUCGGUCCUGAAACCGGAUCUCAUCGAUGUGCACGCCCAGUCCCUGGCCGCUCUGCAGGCUUACUCGCACUGGUUAGCGCAGUACUGCAGCGACGCCCACCGGCAGAACACGCAGCAGUUCGUCACGCUCAUCUCCACCACCAUGGAUGCCAUCACACCCCUCAUCAGCACCAAGGUCCAGGAUAAGCUGCUGCUGUCUGCGUGCCACCUGUUGGUGUCUCUGGCCACCACCGUGAGGCCCGUCUUCCUGAUCAGCAUCCCCGCUGUGCAGAAACUGUUCAACAGGAUCACGGAUGCCUCUGCCCAGCGCCUCGCUGACAAGGCUCAGGUGUUGGUGUGCCGUGCUCUCUCUAACAUCCUGCUGCUCCCGUGGCCAAACCUCCCCGAGAAUGAGCAGCAGUGGCCUGUGCGCUCCAUCAACCAUGCCAGCCUCAUCUCCGCACUGUCCCGGGACUAUCGCAACCUGAAAGCCAAUGCGGUGGCCCCACAGAGGAAGAUGCCACUGGAUGACACCAAAGUGAUCAUCCACCAGACACUCAGUGUCUUGGAAGAUAUCGUGGAGAACGUCUCCGGGGAAUCGACCAAGUCCCGCCAGAUCUGCUACCACUCGCUGCAGGAAUCCGUUCAGGUCUCCCUGGCCCUCUUCCCAGCUUUUAUUCAUCAGUCAGAUGUGACUGAUGAGAUGCUGAGCUUUUUCCUCACUUUGUUCCGAGGCCUUAGAGUCCAGAUGGGCGUGCCUUUCACUGAGCAGAUCAUACAGACGUUCCUCAAUAUGUUUACCAGAGAACAGCUGGCUGAGAGCAUCCUCCACGAGGGCAGCACCGGCUGCCGGGUGGUCGAGAAGUUCCUGAAGAUCCUGCAGGUGGUGGUCCAGGAGCCCGGCCAGGUGUUCAAGCCCUUCCUGCCCAGUAUCGUCUCCCUGUGCAUGGAGCAGGUGUACCCCAUCAUUGCCGAGCGCCCCUCCCCUGACGUGAAGGCUGAGCUGUUUGAGCUCCUCUUCCGGACGCUCCAUCACAACUGGAGGUACUUCUUCAAGUCCACCGUGCUGGCCAGCGUCCAGAGGGGCCUCGCCGAGGAGCCCAUGGAGAACGAGCCUCAGUUCAGCGCCAUCAUGCAGGCCUUUGGACAGUCCUUUCUUCAGCCUGACAUCCACCUGUUUAAACAAAAUCUCUUCUACUUGGAGACUCUCAACACCAAGCAGAAGCUGUACCACAAGAAGCCCUUCCGGACCACCAUGCUGUUCCAGUUCGUGAACGUGCUGCUGCAGGUGCUGGUGCACCGGUCGCACGACCUCCUGCAGGAGGAGAUCGGCAUCGCCGUGUACAACAUGGCCUCCGUGGACUUCGACGGCUUCUUCGCAGCCUUCCUCCCCGAGUUCCUCAGCGGCUGCGACGGCGUGGACGCCAACCAGAAAAACGUCCUGGGCCGGAACUUCAAGAUGGACCGGGACCUGCCCUCGUUCACCCAGAACGUGCACAGGCUGGUGAACGACCUGCGUUACUACCGACUCUGCAACGACAGCCUGCCCCCCGGCACCGUGAAGCUCUAGGCGGGGCCGCCGGCGCCCGAAGGACCGCUGCUGCCGCUACCACUGCACCAGCUCACCUCUGCCAGGUGACUCCGGGACGGUGGUGGCCACUCCCUGGACCCUCACGCCCUCCACCCUCCUCCACGCUCCUCCUGCACCCAGAACUGGCCUCAGGGGGUGUCUUAGCACUCAUUGGGGUGCCCAGGGCAUUGGGGGCAGACGGAGGGUCGUGUGGCCAGGUACCCGUGAGGCCCCGGCAAGUCCUGUGGGCGGGACGUGCAAAUCCUUCGUGUGUCAGUCGUGAGACAAAUGCCAAGGACAGCUUGUGACAGUGCCACCUUCUCACCAUUCCACCCCCCACCCCCAUCCCGGCCCAGCCGGCUGAAGAGCAACGUGAAGUAGGAACCGUUUGGCACUUCUGUCAAGCCCCCACCCCCCCAAUUGCCUUGAAGUCUCUGCUUUGUGUUAGAGAUUUGCAGACUCGGGGGGGUUUUUUUUGUUCUUGUUUUCUCAUCAUUCCAUUGUGAUACUAAGAAACUAAAAAGCUUAAUGGAAAAA